UUCACAAUUCCCUCGUUGAAAUGUCCCAAAUAUUUCAAGCAUUCCCUCCACUCCAAAUUUUGCCUCUUCAUUGUUUUAAUCCUAUCUCUUUCGAUCUCAUUCUCUUUCCGAAACCUACACUCAGCUCUCCUGUUCAAAUCUGGAAGAUACCAGAAGACCUUCGUCUAGAAGAUACCCCAAACCCUAACUCAAACAGAGACGUCAUUUGUGCCUAUAAGGUGUUUACGGAGGUUGAUAGCAGGCCAUGUUCGUCGGAGAUCGGAACCCUACAUCCACAACGGUUCAUCAUUGUUUUAACCCAGCAUUUGGUCACGCAAGAACGCAGCCACGCAAGAACGCACACCGAGUUCCAAACCAGCUUAUUUUGGUCGAGGGUUCACAAUUUGGUCAGAUUUUGGUCCGAUUGGGAUUAGGAACCCGUCUUGUUCAGUACUCAUUCCUACACUUCGAACUGUUGGCAACAUUGUGAUCGGUGAUGAUCUCCAGACUCAGGUACUAACAUUGUGAUUGGCAACAAAGGUAUGCUUCGUUGAGUCAAAGUUCAAAUCUGGUCAGGUCAGGUGUAGUCGGGUUAAGGUCCGUUUGGGUAAAAGUCAAGUGUAGUCAUUGACACCAUCGAAGUUUACAUGAAAGAAAAAGGGAAUAAAGAUAGAGAAUUAAAAUGGGCGAAAAGAUAAAUUAGUCGAAAGAUUAGUGUUUGGAUACAAGCUGAGGAAACUUGUAGGUUAGAAACUUUUUUUCAAAUUUUCGGUCUAAAUUCUAUCACAUGCUGUUUACAAACCUGCAAGUUUGCUAUUUACAAACCUGCAAGUAUAUUUUAAAAUAUCAGAUAAGUUAUUCGUGCUAGAUUUUCAAGAACAAAGUACAUGAUGAACACAAUAUAUGAAAAAGUUUGCAUUCUAGACUUUAUUUUAUAUAAGUUUUCACGAGCUAGGUGAAUUAGACAAGGUGGUCGUUCCCAUAUAAACCAGCCAGACCACUAAACCAGGUGAAUUAGAUAAGGUGGUCGGACAUGGAACACAAACACUGACAGGGUGUGCAAGAUCUUGUUCGAUUAUUAACCUCAAUUGAAAUCGAAGCCGAAGUCAUUAAUUAAUAUAUUUUAUUAACCAUAAAAUAGCAUGUCAAACAUAAAAUAUAUUUAAGUUUCUAACCUGCAAGUUUCCUCAGCUUUGGAUGGUGCCUAUCACAUGCCUGAAAUCAUUCAUGGUGAUGAAUGUGUUGUUGAGGCCAGUCAGUCCUAUCAUUUUCAAGAAUUAUGUCAAUUGAAACCUUUUAAAAUUCUCACAAGAGACUUA